CCUGAUGAUUAGUUGAUCGAUUGAAUUGUCUAGAAUAUAAAGGUUACGAUAAGGUUGAUUAUUACUAUCAGUAAAUUAACUUUUGAUUAGUGAUUGAAUAUAAUCAUUCGUAUCAAAUAUGCGUUUUUCCCAACUAAUUGUUGUCUACUUUCUCGCAGUUGUCGUUUGUGUCACUUCAGCGGAGAGUCAAAGUUCCGAUGAUAAAAAAGUGGCCUUCGAUUCUGGAGACCUUGGACUAGAACUUUUCCAAAAUGUCGAUUAUUCAAUCCAAAAAAAAGCUAAGAAACACCAUGAAAAGGAUGAACAUCACCACGAGAAACACGAUCACCACGACGAGAAACAUGAUCACCAUCAUGAAAAACAUGAUCACCACCACGAGAAACACGAUCACCCAAAGUCUGAUCAUCAUCAUGAAAAACACCAUCAUCAUGAUAAACAUCACCACUGAUGGAUCCCAUGAAUAAUGGGUACCCAAAUGUUAACGAAUGAAAGGAAAACUAAUUGUUUAAAUGUUAAUUUAUUUCGAUAUUAAAGUUAAAUCAAUAAAAUUUUUCAAUCAUUUCAA